UCAACUCAUGAAAGAUGUCAACAAAAGAACACAAGGGAGCAAAUCAAUACACUGGAAUAGGAUAUGAAAGUGUGGAAUCAACACCACAAAAUGUUCUGACGUCAUAUCCGCCGUUGUCCUAUCCAAACCAGGGCCCCCGUGUUUCUCCAAAAUCAAUCCUGGAAGCUUAUAUAUUAGCCAUUCCAUUCGGACUUUUGGGAUUCCACCACUUUUACCUACGCAGACCAGGAUUCGGGAUCCUCUAUUUCUUCACAUUUGGACUUCUGGGAGUGGGUGUCCUAGUGGACUUGUUCAGAUUACCAUGUCUGGUAAAUGAUGCAAACAAACGCUUACAAAAUCCACAAUCACCUGCAACUGAAGACAAACGUCUGGAUGACGCGUACCUUCUGUGGUUUGUCUUUGGCUUGUUAGGCUUCCAUCAUUUUUAUCUGCGUAACAAGAGCUUGGGAUUUCUCUAUUUCUUCACCUUUGGUCUCUUUGGAAUAGGGUGGUUAAUAGACAGUUGUCGUCUUUACUCGGUUGUUCAGAAAACUAAUGAAAAACACAGGAAUGGAAUGGACAAAUUCGAGGAGUUUUCCCUAUUAAUGGCCUACGUUUUAAACAUUUUACCGCUACCAGGAAUUCUAGGAGCACACCAUUUUUAUUUGGGUCGGUAUUUCUUUGGUGUUGCUUAUUUCUUUACCUUUGGACUGAUGGGAUUCGGGUGGUUGGUAGAUCUAAUACGACUCCCUAUUCUCGUAAAUCGUGCGAAUGAGAAUCUUCGAAAUCGAGGUUCAGCUCCAACACCAUCAAAAGUGCAUUUAGACGAUGCUUAUGUUCUUUGGUUUCCAUUUGGAAUCCUAGGAUUUCAUCAUUUCUAUUUACGUCGGUACUUGUGGGGGUUUUUGUACUUCAUGUCUUUUGGGAUAUUUGGGAUUGGAUGGACUGUGGAUUUGUGUCGAAUGCCAAGUUUGGUCAAAGAAUGCAACGAACGAUUGAUGAGGUUACCUUUCUUAAUUCAUGAUCCACGACAGCACGCGCCUAAUUUGACACAUUCUCAAACUGCUGGUGUUCAUGAGCAGCAAGGAGGAUACCAAACAGCGAAUAAUGGAAUCUGUCCAUCAGCUCCGCCAGCGGAGAGUGGAUAUAGUCCACAAACUGGUGGAAUGCCUAAUCCCCCUGGGUACUUGGAUGCACCACCACCAUACACUGAGUAAAGGAGAAACAAAGUUGAUGUUUGUCGAUAAGGGUGCAUUUUAUGACAUGCA